UGAUUUCUUCUGACUAUAAGGGUUUAUGUACGAAAGAAAAAUUCGUUCCAUGUUUAUAAAGAAAUUAAAUCCAUACAGAGCUAAAUUCCGUUAACUGUUUCAUCAUAUUAAAAAAAAUUUCAACCGGCUUUGAGAAGUGUUGGCAAGUGCAAUUUGUGGUUUAGUUGAGGAUUAGGCAAACACAUAAAAAUUCUGGUUAAUGUAAAAAAAUCGAUGAGUUGCUCGACAAACUUUUGAAUAUAGUGUAGCUUGUAAAACAUUUAGCUUUGCUAUGGCAGCUACAGGAAGUUUUAACAGUGCUAGCCACACUGCAACACUACAUAAACAAAUGUCUUUUGGUGGCAGUUAUAUAUCAAGAACUGAUGAAAAUGAAGUUUCCGAUGGCAGUAAUAUCAAUAGUUCAACAAAACAUAAGAAAGAUACUAUGGGAUGGAUUUGUUGCGCUCCUUGUAUUUGGUUACGAACGUCCACAACAGUUCACAAAAUUGCGAUAACGGCAGCUACUUUCUUGGUAACGUCUUUGUUAGUUGCAUCACCGAUUUUGUUUCUGAUAAGUACUGCUCCCUCGCGCCUUCCAAAGGAAUGCUUUUCUAGCAAUGAUGAAUGCAGCCCCACGUCAUCUCCACCACCAGAAUGUUCAGAAGAAAUAUGUAGAAGCGUUGCUACAAGUAUACAAUCGAAAAUUGAUUGGAAUUCGGAACCUUGCACAGAUUUAAAAAAUUUUAGCUGCUCAUCUAAUCUCCAUAGUAAUAAAGUAAAAGCAAUGCAAAGUAUUCAAGAAACUGUUGACAUUCAAAUGCAACAUCUUCUACAACACAAUACCACAACUGGCCCUUUUCGAAAGCUUGGCCGCCUUUUUAGCAGUUGCCUUCGACAGACAACAAACUCCUCAACCAUUACAUUGGUAUUGGAACAGUUAGGUGGUUACCUUCCUAUUGGAGCAGUUGGUCCUACAUCAAUUUCUUCUUUGAUUUCGAAAAUUUAUACAUUGGGUCCAACUCCUCUUGUUGAUAUAUAUUACGAUUUAAGCUACGGUCGACGACCACAAGUUUUACUAAUAAUAGGCGGACCUGUAAUAUCAGCCCCAAUACUGGAGAAUAAUAUACGUUGGUUAGGCCCAAAAGCACCACCAUAUAAAUAUAGGCAAGGAGAAUACCAGCAGCUUAAUAAGCUGUUAGAUGAUUUUUUACCGAAUGAUCUUUCGCUUGACCAAAAGUCUGCGGAAAAGGAGGCGAUAUCAACCUUUAUCAACGAACUUAAUAGCAUUCGAGUGGAGCAUUCUCUUCGGGGUUUCUGGAAUAGUUCAGUUUUAUACAAUAUUUCGUCAUUGCAGGAAAUCUAUCCAUUCCUUAAUUGGACUAAUUUGAUGCCGAAGGAUUGGAAUAAACCGAUUAUUGUCCGAAGCCCGGAUUAUUUAAAAGCACUUGAAGAAUUACUCUUAAAAUAUUCCUCACGCGUCGCUCAUAACUCAAUUCUUAUACUCUUUACCCUUGGAAUAUUGCCACAAGAGUACCCAAAUCCAACAGUUUGCACGCGAGCUACAAUGUGGGCACUACCCGAUAUAACCUCUGCACUUUUCGUGGCUCAUCAUUCAAACAGUGAUCUUCAAAGCACUGUAAAAAGAACAGAUCUUAUUUUUAAAUCGCUCAAAGCUUAUCUGAAGAGAGCGCCUUCACUUAAAGGAGCUGCCUUAGUUAAACUAUCUUCACUGCGAAUUCAAUCGGAACCCUGGAAAGGUUUUACAAAUAUCACAGCUGCAGCGAAGCAGUUGGAAUCCAUGGAUAUAACUUCUGACAAUUGGUUUGAAAAUAUGCUGAAAAUAUUCGGAAGAAAUAAAGUCGACCCUAGUUCUGUGAGCGUGGACAUAAAUUCACAUGAUGCUUGGGCUUACCCGAUUGUCGCCAGAAUAUUUUAUGAUACACUUAGUCAUUCUAUAGUGGUUCCCCUGUCUGUUAUAUUGGUGCCUUAUUUCGACGAUGGACUACCGCCAUACCUGCAGUAUGCAUCAGUUGGCGUGCACAUUGCUAAGGAAAUUUUGAGAUCUAUCACAAAAAGUUUCGAGGAUAAAGCGAUGCACUGUGUGCCUGACUCUGUAAAAGUUUUUUCUAAUCAUAGCCAAAUGGACAUACUUAUUCACUCUGGAGGUAUGCAGAUAUCGUACCACUCCAUGUUGUCAAUCACUGGACCAAUGAAAGGAAUGGCUCGUUUACCAGGUUUAAAUUUGACUCCUACGCAAAUAUUUUUUUUACUGUUGGCGCAAGAGAUCUGCAUGGAAUCUGAAUACAUAGGAAUAGAUACAGAAGCAGCAGACUUUGAGCACAUAUUGAUUUGGCUGAUCGCACAAGGUGGAAGUGCUUCCGACGUAUUUAAAUGCCAGCCCGGUUCUGUAAUGUACGAUCAAAAAACCUGCAAUGUGUUGUAGAAUUACUAUCCAUGUUAAAUAUGUACAUAUGCGAUUGUUGAACGAUUGUGUAAAAUAUGAUUUCGUAACAAACUGGUUAAAUAAAAUAAAUGGAAUAAAGUAUUUCAAA